UUCAGCAGUCUGUUCAGUUGUCUACCAGGCUGUUAUCAAAAGUGCCUUCAGCUGUCAGCAUUAUAACCAAAACUUAUUGUUAAAACCUUUUGAGGCUAUAUUCAACAAGACUACACGUGAAGACAGAAUGGUGUACACAACAGAAAUGAUUGAAGAACGUGGUAGAAAGGAAAAUACCAUGGCAGAAAGAAGACAGUUGUUUGCAGAAAUGCGAGCCCAAGACCUGGAUCGCAUUCGCUUAUCCACUUAUAGGACAGCGUGUAAACUCCGUUUUGUACAGAAAAAGUGUAACUUGCACUUGGUAGAUGUUUGGAAUAUUAUAGAGGCAUUCAGAGAAAAUGGGCUAAAUACAAUGGAUCCGAAUGCUGAUCUCAGUGUUGCUCGCUUGGAAGCUAUCAUCUCCACAAUACUUUACCAGCUGAACAAACGCUUGCCAACCACUCAUCAAAUAAAUGUUGAACAGUCUAUUAGCUUAUUGCUGAACUUUCUGCUUGCUGCUUAUGAUGGAGAAGGCCAUGGCAAAAUAUCAGUUCUUACUGUGAAAGUGGCAUUAGCAACAAUAUGUGGAGGGAAGAUACUGGAUAAACUGAGAUAUAUUUUCUCUCAAAUAUCAGACUCCAACGGAAUAAUGAUAUAUGUGAAGUUUGACCAGUUUCUACGGGAGGUGCUGAAGUUGCCAACAGCAGUAUUUGAAGGUCCUUCCUUUGGCUACACAGAACAAGCAUCAAGGUCAUGUUUUUCCCAACAGAAAAAAGUGACCCUCAAUACAUUUUUGGACACAUUGAUGUCUGAUCCCCCACCACAAUGUCUUGUCUGGUUGCCGCUCAUGCAUCGUCUUGCAAAUGUUGAAAAUGUCUUCCACCCUGUUGAAUGUUCCUACUGCCACAGUGAGAGCAUGAUGGGUUUUCGAUAUCGUUGCCAGCAGUGUCACAAUUAUCAGCUAUGUCAGGACUGCUUCUGGAGAGGCCAUGCAAGUGGUUCUCAUAGCAACCAGCACCAAAUGAAAGAAUAUACAUCAUGGAAAUCCCCUGCAAAGAAGCUAACCAAUGCACUAAGCAAGUCCUUAAGCUGUGCUUCCAAUCGUGAACCUUUGCACCCAGUGUACCCUGAACAGCCUGAAAAACCACUAAAUCUGGCACACAUUGUGUAA